GAGAGAAGUGGCCCAUCUUGUUAUGUACUAUCUUUGACUGAAGUGCGCCGCGAAGAAAGUCGUGCCAUCCUCUUUAUUUCCUGUCUGUGACUUCACUGACACGGCUAGACGUGAGGAGUCGUGAGGACCCCAAAAGACGUGCGUGAGUGCAGCACUUCUUUUUCGUAUGCGGAGAGGCUCGCCCUGCUAUCGGAGUGUUGUGGGACGCCGUGGAGAUCAAAAUAAUAUACGCCUGCUCAGCGCCACUUUUUUAUUCACUCGGACGGAGUCGGGCUAACCUAUGGGAUCGCCACUUCCAAACUUGCUGCUCUUCCGUUUCGCGGGGCACAUCAGUUGUGCGUGGCAGUACAUUUUCAGCCUAAGAGAGGAUGUAUCCAACUCGGCUCGGUUUGGCCCUGAUAGACUGGCUUGAUACAGCCUGCCUCCUGAAUAAUCUAAUUUAUGUCAGCAGGGACGUGCUUGUGGUUGGAGGGAGCCACUGAAACAAGCAAGCUGUUUAAGCUUUGGAUUUACGUAAAGGCCUAGAACAAUUAAUUAUUCAGCUGUUGACAAGUGGAGGAAAGACUUGACUUAGUUAUUUAUCUUGUGAUUGGUGGAGAAAAGGCUAAGUUUAAUUAUUUAUCUUGUGAUUGGUUGAGAAAAGGCCCCGCAUAAUUAUUUAGUCAGUAACAAGAGGAGAAAAGGCUCAGUUUGAUUAUUCAUCUUGUGAUUGGCAGAGAAAAGACUCGGCAUAAUUAAACAUUAAGCUUGUGGCAAGCGGGGCUACUCCAACAUCACCAACAUGAUUCCAUACCGCAAGGCGUUGUCCUCUCUCCUUCCCUGCUUGUGUGUCGCCAACAUUUUUCUGUUCAUAUUCCUUGUGGCAAAAACAGCGGUAAAUGACCACACUCGGAAUUCUGAGACUUUUCUCAGAGAAAGAGCACGUAUAAUGAGUCAGCUCUACAGAGCAAAUCAUAGCGGUGAAGGGGGUGGACAACAGAACAUUGGUCUGCAACAGAUCAAGAAAGGUUCUGGUGGACUACAUCAGUCUUUUCUGAAAGAUGACAAUAACGAAAAUUUGAUCAUAAUUGAUCCCUAUAGGUUACCAUACAAAAUGAGGUCUUUAAAGGAGCUUGAGAAUCGAGUCGUUCCUAAUAUCGUAUUUUACGUUUGGUGUGGUAAUCGAACAUUCGAGUACAGGCAUUUUUUGGGUGUGCUGUCAGUGUGGUAUCAAAUGGAGCCAGAUAUAAUCGAGUUCAGAUACGAGAUGGAUCCAAUUGAAGACAAGUACAACAACUGGUUCACAAUGCUGAGAACACACAUCGCUGCUUUCAACGCUCGGCGCCUUCCGCCAUUUGUCAAGGGCGAUAAAUGUGGGUCAGUUCACGGUCUGGACACGGUCUGGGACAGAGGCGGUGUCUACAUGGACGAGAACACCCUCCUUUGGGGCGAUGACGUCAGCACUUUGCUCUCAAGGUCACCUUCGGUUGGAUUCUUCCAGAACACCAGCACCGUCGCUUUCGCGGCGAGUGUAGCGAGAAAUGGAGACCUACGAGUUUUUCAGAGAUCUAUCAAGACAGCAGGGAGGAAUUUUCUGAGAAAUUAUAACGAGGGAGCAACUCAAAAGCCUUCUUCUGCUAGCAACAUCUUAAACUUUCUGAAUUGCUCGGCGUUUCAAGCGGGCGAACGAAGCACGGUUGUUUCUAACGGCUCCUUCUGCUUCAGUCUCCCGAACCGUUUAACGCCGUGGGGCAUUCUCCACAAUUCUAAAGACCCUAUGUGUGAGAGUAUUGCCCAGCAGUUGAUGUUGAGCAACCGCGAUACUUUGUCCCCGAAUACGACGUUGGAAAUCCCUCGCAUCGUGCAUUACGUCUGGUUCGGAAAAGCAGAAUUCACUUUUGGAAUGUACUUAAGCUUUUUAAGCACCGUUCACGUGGUCAAUCCGACUACGAUAUUCAUCCACUGGAACUACGGUCUCUAUGGCCCGUACUGGGAUCUCGUAAAAGAGUACCCUGUCGUUCGGCUUGUCUACCGAGAUCCUCCACGCUAUAUUUUCGACCACCUCCUCCACUACAGACAACACCUCAGCGACAUAGUAAGGGCGGACGUUCUAGACAAAUACGGAGGAAUCUACCUAGACUGGGACGCCUUCUGGCUUCGAUCACCGGUCGAGUUGUUAAAGAAGACCAGCUAUGACGUCAUAUUAUCUCGUGACCACAUGCCAAGAAGCCACUUCCCGGACACCAUCAACAUGGGGGUUGUCAUGGCAAAGCCGAGGUCAAAGUUCAUCCGGCGUUGGCGAGCGGCUUUGGUCAACUACAAGUCGUCCGAUUUCUUCUACAACGCUAUAGAGUUGCCUUACAAAGUCUACGAAUCUUUUCCCGAAGGCGUCCUUAUCGAGGACAGGCUACAGGUCAUGUGUUACUACCUAAAAUGCCACCCCACCUGGCACCCCGAGUUCCGCCGCUGGAGUCAGGCCCAACCCUUCGAUUGGAGGAGCGACGCCUAUGCCAUUCACUUCACCUACCCAGACCCUCCAGCUUUUCACAACGAGACAGCCCUGAAGACGUCCGAAGGUGAUUUCGCUGAGAUGGGCCGGUAUAUCUUUAACCUCAGACACAAGAAGGCAAAAGAAAUGUGAAAUGUUCAAAUGUGAGGCAGCGUGGUGGAAUCAGGCUCUAGUCACAUUUUGGGCUUGUAGAGUUAUUAGUA